ACAAUUGCUGACGUGGAUUCUUCAAACCCUCACUCAAUCAUUGAGAGAGUUUCUUUUUAGACUCCCAAUCCUCCCUUAUUUCUCACUCUUCCUGAAAAAGGCUCAGAAAAAAAAGAAAAAGAAUUUUCGUGGGAGAGAAAAAGAAGAUUAUAUACUUUUUGUCAGUUUCUAUCAAUUUAUGCAUUCUCUGUGAUAAGUAAAUUCUUCGUUAUCGAAUUGGAAUUUUCAGAGACUGGUUGAGAAGUUGUUUGAGUUUUGUCAUGUCUUUCAUGGAUACUUUUUUUGUUCCUGAAGAAACAAAGGACGAAGAAGGCGAGUGGGAGAAAGAAAGAUAAUUAGAAGAAAAAAAAAUACGAUUUCUGCUUCUACUGAUCUUCUUCUUCUUCUUCGAGAAAAGUAGAAGUAGAAGGAAUCAGAUCAUCACUAAAAAAAACUUUGUAGUUUUGUAUUUUCGUAUAUUUUUAUCUCUGUUUCGAUCUCUGCUUCUGCAGUUUGACGAUUAACGAUGUCGACGAGUGUAAUCAGUGAGUCGGCGGUAGUGAUGAACGCUGCGGAGGGAGGAAAACUAGCGGCACCGACGAUCGAGGUGGAUUUCGCGAAAUGCGAUUGUUGUGGAUUGACGGAGGAAUGUACUCUGGCUUACAUAGAGACGAUCCGCGAGCGGUAUCAAGGAAAAUGGAUAUGCGGACUGUGUGCGGAAGCAGUGAAGGAUGAGAUGAUGCGAUGUGAGAGGUUGAUUAACGCGGAAGAAGCCUUAACUCGUCAUCUCAAUUUCUGUAAGAAGUUCAGUUCGUCCACUCCUCCUCCAGAUCCGACAAUUCACUUGAUCGCUGCAAUGAGGCAGCUUCUUAGGAGGAGCUUGGAAUCUCCUAAAUCGCUCAGGUCGAUGCCCUGUAGUCCGACGAGGAACAGCACUGAGAUGCAGACUAACGUUUUAGUUCGAGCUGAAAGUUGUAUUCCUACACUUUCUUUGGUGGUCGAUUCUGCUGCUUAUCAUGCCAUGGAAAUGGAUCCUGAUUCCGAAUGAUUGCCAUGGAAAUAGAUCCUGAUUCCGAAGGAAGGUGACGACUUUAGGUUUAAUUUCAACUCUCAAAUCCCCGCAAUGAAAAAAAAAGAAAUAAAUUAAGUAGAAAAAAUAACUCUAAUAAUGCUUAAUUUGCCUUAAAAAUGUAAACACAAUAGAACUAGAACCGUUUGGCGAUCGACCGUGAUGAAAUGGAAUGGAAAUCAUGUUCAUGUGAUUGGCGUGUGAAUUAUGUGUGCUCAACUAAUUUUACAAUUUUGAUUAGCUCCACCUCCACUCUUUAUAUGCAUCUGUAAAUAUAUAUUAGAUACUCAUGUUUUGAUUGAAAUGCUUCUAUUAUGAUU